UUGUAUAGUGCCAGUGUUGAGAGCCAGAAGAAAUUUCAUAUAGAUUCAACGCAAGGAAUAGUUUCAAUAGCAGGUUCACUUGAUCACGAGCUCUGUCGGAAGCAUAUAUUAACUGUUAUGGUAAAUGAUUAUGGUACCCCUGCAAAAAGAGACUUUGCUCGAGUAAUUAUAAAUGUAUUUGAUCAUAAUGACUACACUCCAGAAUUUUUAUUGCCAAGGUACGAAGCUUUUAUUCUUGAAACAUCAGCUUUAGGAGCAACUGUUAUAGAAGUAAAAGCAAUUGACAGAGAUAGAGGAAAGAAUGCACAGUUAUCUUAUUCAAUUACUUCAGGAAACAUUGGGAAUUUCUUUACUAUAGAUUCAGUUUUUGGAAUCAUAAAAGUUUCUAAACAGUUAAAUAGAAAUAGUAUGCCUGAAUUCUUUCUUACCAUUAGAGUGACAGAUCAUGGUAAUCCACCCCUAAAUAACAGUGUUACAGUUCACAUAAUUGUCACAGUAGCAAAUAAUGCACCACCUAAAUUUGAUCAUCAUGAAUAUAUGACAGAGAUAUAUGAAAAUGAGAAACCUGGAACAUCUGUUGCAGUAUUGGUAGCUGCAAGUCAAUCAUCUGUUUUUUAUGAAAUAAUAUCUGGAAAUAUAAAUGAACAUUUCUCUAUUAAUCCAACUUCUGGUGUUAUAUAUACAAAUUUUAUGCUUGAUUAUGAAUUGAGAAAAUUAUAUAAUUUAACAAUACAAGCAACAAAUUUAGUAAAUGGCAACAGUACUGCAAUACUUCUAAUUCAUGUGUUGGACAGAAAUGACAACCAACCAGUUUUUCAUCAUUCAGAAUAUAAAGGAAAAAUUCAAGAGUCAUUAAAAGCAGGAAGUAUAGUUUGGACCAAUGAAAGCUAUCCCUUGGUUGUCUCUGCAAGUGAUAAUGAUUCUGGCCUAAAUUCCAUGCUAUCCUACAGAAUAAAUGAAAAAUUUGAUAAUGAAUAUUUUAAAAUUGAUCACAACACUGGUGCUAUUAGAACCAAACUUCCUUUAGAUUAUGAGGAAAUAAAUGAAUUUAUUUUUACCGUCCAAGUAGUUGACCAUGGUUGGCCUCAAUUAAGUGCCGAAGUGCCUGCCAUUGUUCAUGUUUCAGUAAUCAAUAUUAAUGACCGUCCACCAGUUUUUGAAAAAUCCAUAUAUUCAACUGUUUUGUUAUUGCCUACGUAUGAAGGUGUUUUGAUAAAAUCCGUCCAUGCAUUUGAUCCCGAUUCUGAUAUCAUAAAGUACUCUAUUAUAUCAGGUAACUGGGGUCAGAAAUUUUCAAUUAAUGAAAUCUCAGGAGAUAUUUAUGUAAAAAAUUAUGUUGGAUUAAAUAAAGAAUAUAAUCUAGUUAUUUCAGCUAAUGAUGGUAAAUUUGAAGCAAAGUCCAAAGUUAUUAUUAUUGUUGAAGAUAUUCAACCAAGUUCCAAACACUUCAGUCAAGAAAUAUAUAGAGUAUCAGUUUUAGAAAAUGUAACUGACAGUCAUGUUUUAACUGCUGUGAAUAUAAUUGGUACUCAGUUAGAUGAACAUGUAUUUUUUAAAAUUUUGAAUCCUACAGAUAAGUUUGACAUUGGAAAAACAUCAGGAGUUAUACGAACUACGGGACUUUCUCUUGAUAGAGAAACAUGCAAUAGUUAUCCACUUGUAAUUGAAGCCAGAAGUAAACAUUCAGAAGAAAUGUGGGUUGCUCACACAAUUGUUAACAUCACUAUACUUGAUGUAAAUGAUAAUAAGCCAAUAUUUAUAAAUACUCCUUAUUAUGCUACAGUGCAGUUAGAAGCAUUACCUGGAAACUUAAUAUUAAAGGUAAAAGCUAUUGAUUUGGAUUUGAAUGCAAAUGGUAAAGUUCAUUAUGAAUUGCUUCAAGGAGAUUAUAAUCUCUUCCGGUUGGAUAGUGAUACUGGAGAAAUAUUUUUGCAUGCGUCUUUAGAUGGACAACAGAAAGAGUAUGAACUAAUUAUUUCUGCUGUGGAUGGAGGUAACCCUCCACUUAGUAAUUAUGUUGUUGUACCAGUUAAAGUUAUUAAUCGUGCAAUGCCUAUUUUCAAUAAACACUUUUAUAAUGUAAGUGUAAAGGAAGAUAUAUCUACUAAAGUGCCUAUUUUUACAAUUUCUGCAAGCAAUCCUGAAGGAAGACAGCUUAUUUAUAGUUUAGUAGAUGGCAGCAACAUUGAAGAUUUUCAAUUAGAUUUUAAUGCAGGUAUUAUGUAUGCAGCAGAAGAAUUGGAUUAUGAAACAACUCAACAAUAUCAGUUGACUCUUAGGGCUACAGAUGCUGUAUCUGGAAUUUAUGCUGAAAUUCCUAUUUAUAUUCAUAUUGAAGAUGUAAAUGAUAAUCCUCCAAUGUUUACUCAACCAGUUUAUAAUACAACUAUUUCAGAGGCAAUGCCUUUUGGAACGUCUGUAUUGGUUGUUCGAGCAACUGACAGAGAUUCCAAAGAAAAUCAACAGAUUCGAUAUCAAAUUCAAGGCAAUGCUUCUUCAAAUUUUCAUAUUGAUGAGGAUGAAGGAAUAGUAUUUAUUAAACAACCCUUAGAUCAUGAAAUAGAAGAGCAGCAUCAUUUUGUUGUAAUUGGUACUGAUAAAGGAACACCUCAUCUAAGUUCUACUGCACACAUAUGGAUUAUUGUUAAAGAUAUAAAUGAUAAUCCUCCGUUAUUUCAUUAUCCAACUUACAGCUGUACAAUUAGUGAAAAUGCUAGACAUGGACAGUUUGUUACGAGAGUAACUGCAAUAGAUCCAGAUGUGACUGAUCAAGAAUUAUUACGAUAUUCAAUUGUAAGUGGCAAUGGAAUGCAGGUGUUUGCUGUCAAUUAUAAAACAGGUAUUAUAACGUUAUCUAAUCGUCAUCAGUUUUCUCAACAAUAUUCUUAUUUUCUUAAUAUAUCUGUAACUGAUGGUGUAUUUUCAAGCUAUACCAGAGUACAUAUCAGUGUUUUUAGUGCCAAUUUAUAUUCUCCUCAUUUCACACGAACAAUUUACGAAGUAGCACUUCAAGAAAAUCAAGAUAUUGGAACUUAUGUAACAACUGUUACAGCUAGAGAUACAGAUACUGGAGAAUAUGGAAGAGUCACUUACCGUAUUCAAAGUGAUCUGUUACAAGAAUAUUUUCACAUUAUUCCUGAUACAGGAAAAAUAUAUACUAGUGCAGUUCUUGAUAGAGAGAAAGUACAGUUAUUUGAAAUUCCUGUUAUUGCUAUUGAUGGUGGUAAUAAGAUAAGUUAUUCUAUGGUUAGAGUAACAGUUACAGAUGAUAAUGAUAAUACUCCACAAUUUGUAGCAUCUCAAUAUAAAGCAACAUUAGCAGCAAAUACAACUAUUGGAACCACAAUUUUAAAGGUUUUUGCUGUUGAUGUUGAUGACAGACCAUCAGGAUCAUUAGAUUUCAGUAUCUAUGAUAGUAAUAUUUCUUCUAAUACUGAAAUAUUUGGAAUAACAUCCACAAAUGGUGAAAUUUAUCUCAAGAAGAAAAUAGCUGAUUUUGGAAAUCAUUAUUUUCAAUUUUUUGUUCGAGCACAAGAUCAAGGAACCCCUUCAAAGUUUUCUGUUGUUCCAGUAACUAUUCAUCUGUUAGCAUCUCUAGUUAAUAUACCUCAGUUUGAGCAAACAAGCAUUGAAUAUUUUGUUUCAGAACAAGCUCCUAUUGGUACAAUUAUAUCAAUAUUAAAUGUUAGCAAUCCUACAUCUGUGCCUAUAGUUUAUUCAAUCAUUGCUGCUCCAGAAGAAUCUAUGUUUAAGUCUUAUACUUCAAUUUUUAGCAUUAAUAAACUUGGCCACUUGUUAUUGAUGUCAGAAUUAGAUCGAGAACAGGAGACCACAUAUUUUUUAACUAUUGAAGCCAAGACAAAAAUAAAACCUUAUAUUUUAACAUAUGUUAAUCUUAUAAUUCAUGUGAUGGAUGAAAAUGACAAUCCACCAGUGUUUGAAGCUUCUUCUUAUCAUAUUAUUGUUGCUGAAAAUAUUGAAGAAGGAUCUUCUGUUUUAAAAAUUAUGGCUCAUGAUUCUGAUGUAGGACAAAAUGCAGAUGUAGUAUACAAAUUUGCAGAUGAUUUUGGAGAGGCAGUGUCAAUGUUUCAUUUAAACUCAAAAACUGGAUGGCUUACCACUAUUAAUUUACUGGAUAGAGAAACAAUAUCUUGGUAUAAUUUUACCGUUAUUGCUGAAGAUAAUGGUUUUCCUAUGUAUUCUUCUUCAGCUUCAGUUAUUAUACAACUGCAAGAUUAUAAUGACAAUCCUCCAAAAUUUCAAUUGCAAAAAUAUACUAGUUCUGUUGCUGAAGAUGCUUUACCAGGUACUGUUCUUGUAAGACUUGAAAUUAUUGAUGCUGAUGAGAAUAUUGAUAAUAGCAUAGAAUACUACAUAACUGAUGGAAAUCCAAAAAAUCAAUUUGACAUUCGUCAAACUGGAGAAUUAUUUGUGAGCAAACUUUUAGAUCGAGAAGAUAUUGCAAGUUAUUUCCUUGAAAUUACGAUCACUGAUGGAACUUUCAUAAGUCAAACAACAGUUGAUAUUGAGAUUAUUGAUGUCAAUGAUAAUCCACCAGUCUGUCUAAAGGUAACUAUUAGCUCUAUUUAUAAUUAGAAUUGAUAAAACAAAUGAUUUUCAUAAUUAAUUGGGCUAAUUAAGUGCUAUUAUUAAUGAUUAAUUAUUAAGUAAUUUGG